AUGUGGGGUCACUUGACUUUUGAUGUCAAGUUGGUUGUAUAAUUUAAAAAGAAAAACUUUAUAAUUUGUUCCCAAUGAGUCUGUCUAAUAUUGAGAAAUAGACUCUCUACCGUCACCUCCUCGUAUAUUUCACUUGUGGGACUAAAUUGGAUAUGUUGUUGUUUGUUGCUGAGUCUUUGUCUAAUAUAUUGGUUGGGUUUGGAAAGAACUUAAAAUCAUGGGAUAGUACAUACAAAUGACUUUAAAAUUAUAUUGUCUAGGAAAAUAGAUGCUUGCAAGAGCCAUGUUAGUUUAAUAGGCUAAAAAAAUUCAGAAGUAGAGAGAAAUUAGGAAAUUAGAUGCUUUCUAGUAAGUACCAUGGGCAAAAGGAAAUAUCCGAGAUUAGCUGAUUUCCUUGUUACUUGGUGUUUGCUGCUCCUAGAGACAGCUUUUGGAUUAACUUCAAGAGAAGUUAACAAGACCCUUUGUAUUGAAAAGGAGAGAGCUGCCCUUGUUGAGUUCAAAAGAGGCCUUAAGGACAGUUAUGGUCGUUUAUCAACAUGGGGUUAUGAAGAAGAUAAAAAAGAAUGCUGCAAAUGGGAGGGUAUUGAAUGUGAAAGAAGAACAGGUCAUGUAAUUGUUCUUGACCUUCACGCUGAGGUUACUUGUCCAGGACGUGCUUGUUUUGCUCCAAUAUUGACAGGUAAACUUAGUGCUUCUCUACUUGAGUUGGAGUAUUUGAAUUUCUUGGACCUCAGUGUAAAUGGAUUUGAAAAUAGUGAGAUACCAAGAUUCAUAGGCUCUUUUAAGAGGCUACAGUACCUGAAUCUCUCAUCUUGCUUUUUUGCUGGUGAAAUUCCAGCACAGUUUCAGAAUCUAACUUCUUUGAAGAUUCUUGAUCUUGGAGAUAAUCAUCUCAUAGGAAAGGAAUUUGUGUGGCUUUCUUAUCUCUCCUCUCUAGAAUUCUUGAAUCUUGGUGGUAAUGACUUCCAAGCAAGCAAUUGGUUUCGUGAGAUAAUAACUAAGGUCCCUUCAUUGAAAGAACUGGACAUGAGUGGUUGUGGACUCUCUAAAUUCGUUCCGUCUCCAGCUGAUUUAGCCAAUUCUUCUUUGAUGUCGUCCCUUUCUGUCAUUCGUUUAUGUUGUAACGGUUUUUCUUCUUCAGCUGAAUAUAGUUGGUUAUUCAAUCUUAGCACAAGCCUAACUAGCAUAGACCUCUCUACUAAUCAGCUGGUCGGUCAAAUCGAUGAUCGGUUUGGAAGCUUGAUGUAUCUUGAGCAUCUUAAUCUUGCUGAUCAGUUUAAUCUUAAAGGUGGGAUCCCAAGUUCUAUUGGGAAUUUGACACGUUUGCGUUAUUUGGACGUGUCUAACACUCAAACAUACCAAUGGCUUCCUGAGUUGUUUCUCAGGCUAUCAGGCAGUAUGAAAUCACUUGAAUUUUUGUGGUUGAACGACAACUCAAUUUCUGGUUCAUUGGUUAAUGUCACAAGAUUUUCAUCCUUGAAGAAAUUAUACCUGCAGAAAAAUGUGCUGAAUGGUUUCUUCAUGGAAAGGUCUGGACAAGUUUCGAACCUCGAGUAUCUAGAUUUGAGUGAUAACCAAAUGAGAGGGGCAUUACCAAAUUUAGCAUUGUUUCCAUCAUUGAGAGAGUUGCGUCUUGGCUCUAAUCAGUUUCGGGGAAGGAUACCACAAGGUAUUGGAAAACUUUCACAGCUUAGAAUUUUGGACUUGUCGUCCAAUAGAUUAGAAGGAUUACCACCGGAAAGUAUGGGGCAACUUCAAAACCUGGAAAGUUUGUAUGCCUCUUAUAAUGAGCUGAAGGGUACAAUCACAGAGUCCCACUUUUCAAACCUCUCCAGUUUACUAUACUUAGACCUAUCCUUCAACUUGUUGGCUUUGAACGCGAGCUUUGAUUGGAUUCCUCCUUUUCAACUACAAGUUAUAAGGCUUCCGUCUUGCAAUUUGGGACCUUCUUUUCCUAAGUGGCUUCAAACUCAGAAUAACUACACUCUUCUUGAUAUUUCUCUUGCAAAUAUAUCAGACAUGCUACCAAGUUGGUUCUCUGAUCUUCCUCCCAAUCUAAAGAUUCUGAACCUUUCUAACAACCAUAUCGGUGGCAGAGUUUCUGAGUUCAUAGUGAAUAAACAAGAUUACAUGGUUAUAGAUUUAAGCUACAACAACUUUUCAGGACCGUUGCCACUAGUUCCUACAAAUAUACAAAUCUUUUACCUACACAAAAAUCAGUUCUCUGGAUCCAUUUCUUCCAUUUGUAAAAGUACAACAGCAGCUGCCGCUUCUCUUGACUUGGCACACAACCAAUUUUCAGGAGAACUUCCUGAUUGUUGGAUGAAUAUGAGUAAUCUAGCUGUUCUUAAUCUAGCCUAUAACAAUUUCUAUGGGAAAGUUCCAACGUCAUUAGGAUCCUUGACAAAUUUGGAGGCUUUAUACAUUCGGCAGAACAGUUUUAGCGGGAUGUUGCCUUCAUUGUCACAAUGUCAGCAGUUGCAAAUCUUGGAUCUUGAAGGGAAUAAGCUGACAGGAAGAAUCCCAGCAUGGAUAGGGACUGACCUACUAAAGUUGCGCAUUCUAAGCCUACGAUUCAACAAAUUCUAUGGCAGAAUACCCUUGGUUAUCUGUCAGCUUCAAUUUCUUCAGAUACUGGACCUUUCGGCAAAUGGAUUAUCUGGGGAAAUCCCACAAUGCCUAAACAAUUUAACCAUACUGCAUCAAGAAAAUGGCACUGGUGAGUCAAUGGAAUUUCUAGUCCGCUAUGACUAUAUUCCUGGAUCUUACUUGUAUAUAGGCAAUUUAUUGAUUCAGUGGAAACACCAGGAGUCCGAGUACAAGAAUGCUUUACUAUAUCUGAAGACAAUUGACCUUUCAAGUAAUAAAUUGGUUGGAAGUAUCCCUAAAGUGAUAGCUGAAAUGAGGGGAUUGCGAUCUUUGAACCUCUCGAGAAAUGAUCUGAAUGGAAGUGUCAUCCAAGAAAUAGGUCAAAUGAAGAUGUUAGAGUCUCUUGACAUGUCAAGAAACAAGCUUUCUGGUAUGAUCCCUCAGGGCCUUGCUAACUUGACUUUUCUUAGUGUAUUGGACUUGUCAAACAACCACUUAUCAGGGAGAAUUCCAACAAGCACUCAACUCCAGAGUUUCGAUAGAUCAUCCUAUAGUGGCAAUGCUCAGCUCUGCGGUCCUCCUCUUCAAGAGUGUCCUGGAUAUGCUCCUCCUAGCCCCCCUAUCGAUCAUGGUGAUGAUGAUGAUGAGGAUGAGGAGGAGGAGGAGUUCCCAUCUCUAGAGUUUUAUAUAUCGAUGGUGCUAGGUUUCUUCGUCGCAUUUUGGGGAUUCUUGGGUUGUUUAAUUGUUAACCGUACUUGGAGGAAAGCCUACUUCACAUUCUUGAUGGACAUGAAGAGUUGGUUAAGCUUCUGUUUUGCAAGACACAAGGGAAAUCUAAGGAACUGAAUAAUGCAAAGCUUCUAUGUAACUUUGUUUGCUAUCAAGACUCGAGAGUUAACUAGUUUUCUUGAUCCUUUUCCUCCUCUUUUUUUUCGGUUUCCCAAGGUUUCCCCCAGCCCGACUGACCAAGGACUAAUCCUCCGCGGAUCUGAGCUCCAUUUAAGGGUUUGCCGCUGGCCAAUUGGUUGCUGCAUGCACAAGGCGGGAAUCGAACCCCCGACACUUGCUUAAGCGACCUAGUGAUGUUUUCCUCCUCUUGAAAUUAAUAACUGCACGGAACAGCAACAUAUCGAGGGUGAUGUUUUCAUCUUGUUGACUUGUGAAAGUAGAAAGUUUGUUGCCAAUACAAUCUUACCACAAACUAAUGGAUUAUUUGACAUUUCUAAUUUUGAUGGAAAGCAGAGACAUUUACGAUUAUUUA